AGUCAGCCAACCAUUUGUAAUCUUUUUGUUGCUCUGGUAACAGAAUGUUGUCUAUGAACAGAGACUCUGGGAGUUGAAAGUGUGGAUACAUUCUAAAGAGAACGUUCUUCCAAAAUGGGAAAGAAAGGAAAGGGUGGAAAAAAGAAAAAAAGAGGGAAUAAGGAAAACAAAGAGGAUAAAAUGACGUUUGCAGAAGCUCUCUUGGCUUACCAGAUUCAGAUAAAAGAAGCUACAAUUAAUGAACUGUUGACUGAAGUUAAACAAGUUGAAGAAAAGAAUGCAAGAUAUAAAGAAAGGAAUGAUCGUCUAAAAGCAGAACAAGACGGACACUUUAAAGAGCUUCUGAAUGCAGCGAAAGACCAGGAACAAGAACUUGCAAAGAAGGAAGUUGUAAACAGAGAGCAAGUUGACCUGGCGAUAAAACAAAAAUGGGAGUAUACGCGGGAGAAGGAACGUCUUUUAGAAGAGAUUAGCUCUGAGAUAAAUCUUUUGAAGAAGCAGACUGUGGAAAAACAGCUUGAAAGGGAUUACUGGUUGGAAUAUAAGAAUGUUAGAAGCAAAGAACAUGCCAAACAGAUCCAUCUUCUGCAAGCUGAAAUAAGUGACAUUAAACAGAACUUCGAAGAAAUAAAUGAAUAUUUCAGACGAAAUCUUGAAAUGACGAAAAUGAAAAUUAGCAAAGAAACCGAGACGAUAAUGGACACAGCAAAGGAAAUGGCAACGGAGAGUGCUGCAAAACUCAUUGACAAGGAUAGCCAAAGGGAGAUCAAAGAGAACGACUGGUUAAAAAAAGAGAUGGCAAUUUACAAGAAGGAUGUUCAUGACUUGGAAGAGUCUGUUUAUAGGACAGAGAGAGAAAAUUUGGAAUUAAUAAGUCAUCUUUUUGAUUGCAGACUUCAAGAUCUAAAAAUAUCAAGGAAUGCUUUUCUCACACAAGUGGUUGGAUUACAUGUUCCAGCAGAUAGCUUACUUGGAGAAGAUCUUUCAAAACUGAAAUUGGGCACCGGCACAGAAAAUAUAUCAGAAGAUGAUGACUCAGAAGAUCUUCUUGAUCUCACAGAUCUGUUGUAUGAAGAGGAAAAGGAUUUUCAGGCAUACUUACAGCUUGGACCCUUAGAGAAAAAACUGUUAAGCCUAGCAGGACAAUCCAUGCCCCUGCACAGGGAGGACGAACAGACUGAAAACAAAGGACAAAUGAACCAGCUUCAUGGUAGAUCAAAAUGGCCUGUAACUCCCAGCUUGAUAAAAUCAGCAUUACCUUAGGGAUACAACACUACA